ACCAGAACCGAAGCAGAACAGGUUCAGUGCCGUAAAAGUCCGUAAAAAUCCGUGUAAUUCCGUAGCAAUCGCGUCCAUCAGUCCGGUUUUUCGAUACAGCAAACACAAUGUCGGCCAGAUACGAUCGUGCAGUCACCGUUUUCUCCCCGGAUGGCCAUCUGCUGCAGGUUGAAUACGCUCAGGAAGCGGUUCGCAAAGGUUCCACUGCUGUCGGCGUCCGUGGAAAGGAUGUGGUUGUGCUGGGAGUGGAGAAGAAAUCCGUCGCCAAACUGCAGGAAGAACGAACGGUGCGAAAAAUUUGCCUGCUAGAUCACCAUGUCGUUAUGGCGUUCGCCGGACUGACGGCCGAUGCGCGCAUUCUGAUUAACCGGGCCCAGGUGGAGUGCCAGAGCCACAAGCUGAACGUAGAGGAUCCCGUCACGUUGGAGUAUAUAACCCGCUUCAUCGCCGGCCUGAAGCAGAAGUAUACGCAAAGUAACGGGCGAAGACCGUUCGGCAUCUCCUGUCUGAUCGGUGGGUUCGAUUACGAUGGACUGCCACACCUGUACCAGACGGAACCGUCCGGCAUCUACUAUGAGUGGAAGGCUAAUGCAACGGGCCGAUCGGCCAAGACGGUGCGGGAGUUUUUGGAAAAAUACUACACUGCCGAGCUGGUCGAAACGGAGGAGGGCGCCAUCAAGCUGGCCAUCAAGGCACUGCUCGAGGUGGUACAGUCCGGUCAGAAGAACCUCGAGGUGGCCGUCAUGAAGCGCAACCAACCGAUGCAGAUGCUCGACGCCGAUACGAUCGAGAAGUACGUGGCGAUCAUCGAGAAGGAAAAGGAAGAGGAAGCCGACAAAAAGAAGCAGAAGAAGUAGGACUUUCCUGCCGGGUCUGCCGGGUGCAGAGUAUUUUACUUCACUUUUGUUUGCGCUAAAGCUAACGUUAAUUUUCUGGUAAGUUGUCUUUUUGGAAUAAAUAAUUGCCUACUUCAGUGAUAGAUGAACGAGAA